UGAUUUAUUUGUUUCUCCUUGUGGUGAAAUGAUUUAUUUGUUUCUUCUCUUCCUCGACGCCACCGCACAUCUGGCUCUCCAUCUCUGCCGCCGCCGAACCAUUCCAAUUAGGUGCUUUUAAGUAAAAGGUAUUGAUUUUCUACUUGCCCUCUUUUGGGUUUUCUGUUAUGAAUACUUGAAGUGAUUUUUAAGUGAAAGUCUCUUCUUUUGUCUUUAGAAGCUGAUAAGGGUUCCUAACAUGUCACUGCACCUGAAACUAGUUUAUUUGUAAAACCCCUGCUAUUUUGUGUUAAUCUCUGGUCUGGGAACUUAAUGAUAAUGCUUUGUUUAGGAAAGCCACUAUCCCCAAGCAUAUAAUAUACCUCUGUUAUGGGUAUUAAUGAAGCUUUUUUUUUUGUUUUGUUUGACAAUGGAAUUUCAGAGCGAUUAUUUGCUCUUAAAUAUUGCCCAGAAUAAAAUUUGUAUUUGAUGAUCGAAUCCCAGUAAAGGCUGUGGCGAAAGGGGCAGAUACAAAGAAGAAGAAGAAAAAGCAUAGAGAUACAGACAAUGAUUUGGACAAAGACUUCAUUAAGCCCCGGAGCUCAACUCCCUCCAUGGACACCUCUCAGUGGCCUAUCCUUCUCAAAAACUAUGACCGCCUCAAUGUUCGAACUGGACACUACACCCCUCUUCCCUCUGGCUAUUCAUCCCUUAAGUGUCCGCAAGCCGAGUACAACCAAUAUGGUGUUCUCAAUCGUGACAACCCCACCAACCCCUCUUCGCACGAGGUUGUCGCUUGGAUUACACGCAUCCUUCGAGUAGGGAAAACUGGCCACAGUGGUACUCUGGAUCCUAAGGUUACAGAGGGAGUUUGCUAUGCAAAGAAGGACGAUAACUUGGCAAAGCACCCAGAAAUCGAUGUGCCAAAUCUGCAGGUGAUUAAGCUGAUGCAGAGCUUCAAAUCCAAGGAGUAUGUGAGAGAAACUUUCGCUUGGAGUGUUUUGAAAAAAAAUAACACGCAAGUUUCUUCAGGUAUUUCUGUAUUCUCGAGAGGUUUGAAGCUGGGUUUGCAGACUUGGUGUUCUUGAAAUGUUCUGAGAUCCAGGGUUCUUUAGUGUUUGCUUUGCAUUGUGUUAAUUUUUACUUCUUUUUUAUUUGGUGGGUGUCUGGAGACGAGGAGUACGGGUUUCAUUAACUGAAUAGCACAUCUAUCUUCAGCAUCAGCAUAUGAUAAAAUAAACUUAUUCUUCUUUUUUACAUGUACAUUAACGUAACUAAUUAAAAGAGAACCUAAUGUAAGAAUAUUGGGAUUCAAACUAGUUUCUUACUUUUUAAGGCAUUUCACUUCCAAUCUAAUAGGGGUUACAUAUUGAGAAAACCCUAUUGGAGGCAAG